GGCAGCCCCGGGGUCGGGUCCUCCGUGCGCGCAGGGCUGGGGCCGUGUUGGGAUCCGCGCUGGGAUCUGCUGAGGGAUCUUUUAAAGGGAUGAUGUGGGAAUUGGCACGCUGGAAGAAAAUCCCGUAGGAUUAAAAAGAGCCUCAGAAGCUCAGAGGGCUGAGCUGUGCCAGCAGAGACCCGCUGGUUUUCACCUGUUUCCCAGCUGUGCUGCUCAGAUUUUCUGCCUGAUUCAUUUUGAUCUUUUCCCGUGGCCAAAUGAAGGCUGCUCCCCGCAGCCUCUCCCCUCAUAAAUAAGAGCUGCUGUUUCCGGAGGGGUCUGAGGGGUCUCGGUAACAUCCCUCAGGGCAAAAGGGCGGAGGGAUGUAAAGCAGAACCUGGUGAGCAGUUCGACACCGACAGCUGGAUCUGCGUCCCAUGCCCCGGUGCUGCAAUUGGCCAUCAUUAGGGUUAGGCAGAAAGCCGCAGGGAGGUGUGACCUGUGGGGGUCUCCAAGGUUUAUCACCCUGGGGGGCUCCCAGCACCGCGGUUCAUCGCUUUCCUUUUCCCUGCAGCUCCCAGCAUGGCCGAGGCGACGGCAGCCCCCAGCGAGACGCCCACCGCCCCCAGCGAGUACGGCGAGUACCACAACCUGUCGGAGCUGCUCCAUCUCCUCAACUACAGCUACAGCGCCUGCGAGUUCAGCCUGGACGAGAACGCCAAGCGCGUGGCCGUCUUCGUGCUCUACCUCGCCAUCUUCGUGGUGGGGCUGGUGGAAAACCUCCUGGUGGUCUGGGUGAACUGGCAGACACGCGGCAGCCGGAGCCUGGUGAACCUCUACGUGCUGCACAUGGCCAUCGCCGACCUGGGCGUGCUGCUCUCGCUGCCCGUCUGGAUGCUGGAGGUGAUGCUGGACUACACCUGGCUGUGGGGCAGCUUCCUCUGCCGCUUCACGCAUUACUUCUACUUUGCCAACAUGUACGCCAGCAUCUUCCUCCUCACCUGCCUGAGCGUGGACCGCUACGUCUCGCUGCGCGGCUCCUCGCCCUUCUGGCACCGGCACCAGCACCGCGUGCGCCGCGUCGUCUGUGCCUGUGUCUGGGUCCUGGCAGCGGCCAUCCCCUUCGUGGAGGUGUCCCACAUGCAGCUGGUGAACACCGGGGACCCCAUCUGCAUCUUCAUGGCUCCCUUUGAGACCUACGACGAGUGGGCGCUGGCGGUCAGCUUGGCCACCACCGCCGUGGGGUUCCUCAUCCCAUUCCCCAUCAUUGCAGUGUUCAACGUGCUGACGGCGCGGCUGGUCCGGCGCUCCAAGCCGGAGGGGGGGAGGCACUGCCUGCUCAUCUACACCUACAUCGCAGCGUUCCUGCUCAGCUGGCUGCCUUUCCACGUCCUGCUCACGCUGCUCACCCUCGACGGCACCCACAUCGCCCUGCACUGCUCCUUCGCCCACUUCCUCUACUUCUUCUACGACAUCAUCGACUGCCUCACGCUGCUGCAUUGCGUCCUCAACCCCAUCCUCUACAACUUCCUCAGCAAGAGCUUCCGCAGCAAACUCAUCUCGGCCGUGGUCAGGUACGUUCCCAAGGAUGCAGCUGGGCAGAAGGGCGCAGAGGGCUCCUCCUCUUCCACGCAGCACUCCGUCAUCAUCGCCAAGGAUGGCGGCGCUCCCAGCUAAAAGGGAGCGGGGUGCCCACCCGAGGUUGGUGCGGGGCCGGGCAGCUCCCCGUGGGCAUGCUCUCCAGUGGGCGUUUUGCUUUCUGGUCAGCCCCCCACGGCGCUCUGAAGAUGAGGGCAAUGUGCCCAACAGGAGUCGUGGAUCUGUCACCUCUGAGCACUGUCAGACCUAUUUAGCCAAAGUAAGAUCAAGAGAAAGAGAGAUGUUCCGCCUUCCUAGAGAAAUGCUUGUAGCAAUGGAUGCGUUGCUCGGUGUGCCCUGACCCCACGCAGCCCCACGCUCUCUGCAGCCCUCAGCUCACACCUGAACCCCGCUGUGGGAUGAGUGCUGCCCUCUCACUCCGAUGCCAUUCGAGCAGCAUGGGGACAAAAUCCACUGCUUUAACACAGCUCCCACUCCAGCACCCAGCACAGAGCCUGCAGCACAGUGUUGAACUGCAGCAGGGAGGAACCGCUCAGCACAGCUUUGCAAUGCAACAUCUCAGACCCAGAGCCGGCGGUCUUCACCCUUAAGACAUCUCUGGGGUGAGAGCCGGGGGUCCCAUCUGCAUUCAGCAGCACAGGACCCCCACGGGCAAGAGGUCGGAGCAUCCAAAGUCUCUCCCGGCUGCACUUCUGCUCAGUCACGCGCCGCGUGUGGGUUGGGCCCUGGGCAGGGGAAGGUGAAAGUGCCACCGGAGGGAAUUCAUCCAUCCGAAGGCCUUGAGCUGCCUAAGAAAGUGAAGCAUAAGCAAAUCGGACCGGAUCCAGGGACAGGAUGCUCACGGCCCCGUGGAGCACAGGGCAGGAUGUGCCGGGGGAUUCCCCGCACCGGGGCUGCACCGAAGCCCUGGCACAGAGCAGCAGGAGCAGCCCCCUCCUCAGCCCCCCCGCUGCACCCACCGCUCUCCCAUGGCACCCCAGGGCUGGGACAAUCCCCCAGCUCAUUUUCACUGCAGAAAUGAAGUUGAGCGCGCAGCGCGAAUCCGGCAGGCACACGACACAGCCACGCAGCGACGCAUUCCAAUUCCACACACAUGCAUGUUGCUACGUUUCACCGAUUCAACCCACUUUGGGGAAAUCUAACACACCUGUGCUCCCCCAGAGCCACCCCCUGUGCUCAGCUCCGCCCCCCCCCGGCCCCCACUCCGUCUCAUAAAGAAUCUUUUUAAUAAAGAAACGCAGCACGAGAGGUCAACGUUUUCCGUUUUUAUUAUUCUAAAUAAAAAACCACACUUUGUGCUGAACAAUGGAGUAUAAAAGAACCUGAUGUACAACGAUUUUAGACAUCUACGAUCUGGGGGAGGGGGGGGGGAAGUUUACAAAAUAUACAAAACUUUA